AUGUGCGUGACACAUAUCUAUACCGAUUGCUACCCCAAGCGAACAGUCGAGUUUCAUCAAACAAUAGUUUGCCCUAAUGCAAAAGAUGGAAUCUCUUGUGCUGCUCAUAUCACCAACGAACAUCCUCCUCGCACUCUCGAAUCCAACGAUGACCUUUCUAGCAAAGAAUACCUCGACCAAGGACUCAAAGUACCUCUUACCCCCAGGCCUUCACCUCACCAAUCUACAACAACAAGUACAUAUCGUUACUCUCCAGGUGACAAGAAAGACAGGUCUCCAGGUCGAGAACCUCGUCUUCGUCUUGUAAGGAAGAAUAGUGCUUUAGUUUCGGCUCUCACACCACGUCGCAAGCAUCCUAAAGAACGCAUCGUCAUUGUCAAUGCACCAGAUAGUCCAGAGGGUUCCAAGACUCUUUCAAAAUAUGCUCCAGACUCACCCGCCACGGAAGAAUUCUACUCAAAGAACCUCUUAGUAGAUGAUCGCUCAACUCCAAGACGUAGUCCUAAUGGCAGUCUCAAUCCUGUUCGUACGGUUAUUGUAGAACAUCAUCGAGAUCAUAGCAAGGAAAGAGAGAGACCUUUGAAAGAACUUCCAAUCAUUCUAGCUCCUGAACCUCCCUCGCGUUCACCUAGUCGUGAGAAGGCAUUGGUAGAUAUGCGUAUUCUUCGUGAGCAAGAAGAGAGAGAAAGAGAGAGACAAAGAGAAUAUGAGAGAGAACAAGCGAAGAGCUUUGAGUUAGUUCAUGAAGCAAGGAGGGAACUUGAGAGGGAGAGAGUGAGAAAGGCGAAGAUUGAGGAUGAGAGGAGCAGGGAGGCCGAGUAUCAGAAAUUCUUGAGGGAUCGAGAACUCGAGCGAGAAAAAGAAAGGAACAACGACAUUGAACGAAAGAGAGCUAGAGAUAUGGAAGAAGAACUUCUUCGAGAAAGAGAAAGAGCUCGAUCUUCCGAUCGUAAAAGGGAAGAAGAGUCAGCAAGAGAGAGGGAAAGAAGAAGAAGGGAUGAUGAGCUUCGUAGAGCAGAUGAGCAUGAGCGAGAGAGAAGAGAAGAUCAACAUAGACGCGAGAGAGAAAGAGAGAAGGCAUUAGAUGAUAAAGAGAGAGAAGAAAGAAUGAGGAAGGCGGAGAAGUCGGAAAGGAAAGCAGCAGAUGAUGCGAGGAGGUUGGCAGAACAAGUCAAGGCAUUUGCGAAGGAAGAUGAGGAGAUCAGGAGAAGACCCUCUGUGCCUGGUAGGGAAAAAGAGAUGGAGAGGGAAAUCGAUAGGAGAGCAGAUGCAGCGAGAUGGAAAAAAGAGGAUGAUGAUAUGUAUGCAAGGUUGAGGGAGAGGCAGGCAAGGGAUGAUGGACAUGCAUCGGGGUUAGGGAGGGGGGCAAGUUUUUCAGGGAGGGGCGAUGGGGACAGAGAGGUUUUGGAUAGAUUGAAAGAAAGGCAGAAGGGACCUGAAGAGGGGUAUAUGCCAAAGAGGAGGACUACUAUUGGUGGGGGAAGUGGACGAAGGAGAGGGGAUGAAAGAAUCAUUUGGGAUGAUGGAGAAGGGGGAAGGGGAGGGAGAUGGUGA